UCAUUACAGAUUAAGAUAAAGACCGCAGAGCAAGUGCAGGUAACAUUCGCGAUCAGUAUUAGGGGCUGCACGUGCCAUAAAAACAGAGCACUAAUUCCAAUCGCAUAAAAAUCAGACCUAACAUACUUAUUAGCUUGCCAGAAUGGAUACGCCCAUUUAUGAUGUUUUAAUGAACAGAUAUUAUCGUAUUUGAUUGUGUGUGCAACUAGAAUUAUUGUUUAACGACCCGUUACUGUAUAUAUAUAGAGCAGGUUCUGGCCAGUGUAUCCGGAUACCAAAACCUUGUUAAAAUGAGGGCUUCCUUGAAGAUCCUGAUGCUCCAACUGAUCUGCUUAACUGGUGCCAUUGAUUACCAGUUAACAUUGGACGACAACGGCAUUUUUGCCCCAUGCACUAAUAUUCCUGGAAAUCCUUCCAACGUUGAAGGCCUCUUCGACAUGUCCUUUUUAAAAGUAACCAACGAUGGAAGCAAAAUUAAAGUUGAGGGAAAACAUACAGUCGUUUGGAAAGAUGUUCAGCCUGGGGACACAAUAAAGUUUUUGGGUCAAGUCAAUCGCCUGGAAAAGGGCACCUGGCAAAAGACGAUGUUCUCCACCAGCAGCAACAAUUUUUGUAAGAGCAUGUUUGAAAAGAAUCAGCAGUGGUAUCAGUUCUGGACGCAGUACAUCAGUAAUGCCGAUGAGAUCAAGAGCAAGUGCUUAAACACACCUGGGGCAGUUUUCAAUUAUGCCCCUAACUACGAAAUCGAAUUGAAGGCCAGUUUGAAUGUUCCCAAUCUGGAAGGGCGCUACAAGCUCGCGAUGCAAUUUGAGGCCUUCGACAAUCGCAAUGUGAAGCGACCUGUGUCCAUUUGCAGCGAGUUCCGCGGGACAUUAAAGAAGCUCUAGCACUAAUCGUGACAAUUAUAUAUGCAUGCUGAACAUACAGCGAAACACCAUUAAAGUUUAUAAUCGAACACAA